UAUAAAUCUAUCAUAUGGUACGAUGAUUUUAAGUGGUUUGAGGCGAAUCGUCAAUAUAGAAAUACAUAAUCAGCACAUAAUUUGAAAAUACUUGAACGCGAAGCAGGAAAUAUGGAAAAUAAUAAUUCUAAUGCAGAAAGUACAAAUGAAAAUUAUAAUGCAGUAAAAAAUGGGCAAAAUGGAAUCAACCAACCAACUGUCGAUGGAAUAUUUUCAAAAUCAACAAAACCAAAUUUACCCUUGGCUCCAGCUCCAGAUGCCGAAGUAUACAGAAAACAUGACAUUAGAGGUACGGCCCUGAUAUUUAACCAUAAAUCUUUCAGCAUGGAUUAUUGUUCAACUAGAGACGGCACUGAAAAAGACAGAGAUGCUUUAGAAGAGGUCUUAAAAGACCUAAAAUUCGAUGUCAGAACCUAUGAUGAUUUAAUGUACGAAGAAAUAAUGGAGGUUAUUGAUGUAGUAUCAAAAAUGGAUCACACCAACUCUGAAUGUCUCCUAAUAGCUGUCAUGUCUCAUGGAGAAGAUGGAAGAAUUUACGCCAAAGAUAGGACUUACCAAACGAAGAAAUUAUGGAGUAAAUUUUCUCCAUUACAUUGCCAGAGUCUAGCAGGAAAACCAAAGUUAUUUUUCAUACAGGCAUGCAGGGGAGACAAAACGGAUCCUGGAGUAGAAGUUUCUCGUAUCGAUACCGAUUCAGUAAAAUCAAACUUUUCCUAUUCCAUUCCGGUUAUGGCUGAUUUUUUGGUCAUGUACGCCACUGUCGAAGAUUAUUUCGCUUGGCGCGACCCACUGAAAGGAAGCUACUUCAUUCAAGCGUUAGUGCGUCAGUUGCGACAACACCACGUCAGCAAAGACUUGCUGUCAAUUUUGACGUGCGUCAAUCGAGAAGUAGCAGUUGGAUUCACAUCAAACGAUCCGAAUGAUAUGGAAUUUAAUAGAAAGAAGCAAAUGUGUUCUAUAGUGUCAAUGUUAACGAGAACUUAUUUUUUGAAUUAAAUCCUUAAUAAAUAAGAAUGCAAUGUU